AUGAGUCAACUUCAUGCAGAGAUUUUGAGAACAAGAAAACCUAAAGAAUCUAAAUUUAAUUACAAUCAAUCAAAUUUACCUUCGUCAUCUGAUUUUUUAUCAGCCUUAUUUAAUCAAAGUCAAACAUUUGAAUCAAAUAAUGAAGAAACAGACAGUGGCAUUAAUCUUGAAGAGGAUAAUAAAUCUGAUAAAAAAUCUGAUAAUGAGAUAGAUAAUGAAUUGGAUUUUUAUGAUUCUGAAAUUUAUUCUGCAGAAAAUCAAUUAGCAAAAUAA